AUGGCGAGGGUCGACGACACGGUCCUAAAGUGCCGGAAGAGCUAUUCCAGCAGCAGUGCAUCCACGUCUAUGCGAAAGCGCAAACAUAGCAAUACAAGCGCUUGUCACGUGGAUAAAGCAGUGAAGAAACUAAGGAGCUCGCCAAUGUCCUUAUGGCUCACCUCCAAUGGUCCAAGUCGAAAGGUCGCCCAUCACUUGACCACCUCCACCACCAGUACCCCUGAACCGAGAGCUGCACCUUCUUUUAGACAUCGGGUAUCCAAUUUGUCGUCUGGUAACGUGCAUCCAUUGGUUACGCAAUCGUACAUUGAUGUUGGGCAGCGUAGCUUUGGCAAGCACGUGGUUUGUCCCACGUGUGAACUGCUGUACACUGUGGGAGAAGAAGAGGACGAGAAGGAGCACCGGAAGUUUUGCAAACGAUCGAAACGCGGUCUCACUUUCUCAAAGUGGAAAACCGAGCGAGUGUUGAAAUCGUUUCCAGACACUGACGCGAGGAUCGUGGAAAUCCGACGAGAUGACGCGAGUGCUCAUGUGAAGAAGCUCUUGGAGAUCAAGGCAGUGCUUGAUGAUGCACUGGGGGUGACCGACAAGGAGGUGUUUUUGCAGCGUAGCCACUUUAUCUAUAUCCAAGACCAUCAAGUGGUUGGCUGUGUCAACACAGAGUGCAUCACGAAAGCAUUUACGUUAGAACCAGGGACGUCAACCGUGACGAAUGCCAAUAAUGAGGAGAGCUGCAUAGCUGAAUCUGGUGCUGUAACUGCUUCAACCAUUCCACACACGGCACUUGUCGGUGUUUGCCAGCUCUGGGUACAUCCGCUGUUCCGCAGGAAAUGCAUCGCAACUCGAAUGGUGGAUGUUGUGCGUGAGAAGUCGAUCUACGGCAUGCACGUUGCUAAACAUCUCAUUGCCUUUGCGCAGCCUACAAGGAACGGUCUACAAUUUGCAAAGAAGUACGUGGAGCCGUGCGAGAUGCUGAUGUAUUGA